AUGUCUCUGCCAAGUCGACAAACAGCUAUAGUUAACCCUCCUCCACCAGAGUAUAUAAAUACUAAGAAAAACGGGCGAUUAACAAAUCAGCUGCAGUAUCUACAGAAAGUUGUCCUAAAGGCCUUAUGGAAGCACAGUUUCUCUUGGCCUUUUCAGCAGCCUGUGGAUGCCGUGAAAUUGAAGUUGCCUGACUAUUAUACCAUUAUUAAAAGACCAAUGGAUUUAAAUACAAUUAAGAAGCGGUUGGAGAAUAAAUAUUAUGUGAAGGCUUCAGAAUGUAUAGAAGACUUCAAUAUGAUGUUCUCGAAUUGUUAUUUAUAUAACAAGCCUGGAGAUGACAUUGUUCUUAUGGCACAAGCUCUAGAGAAACUGUUUUUACAAAAAUUAUCUCAGAUGCCACAAGAAGAGCAAGUUGUGGGUGGUAAGGAAAGAAUAAAGAAAGGCACUCAACAGAACCUUUUAGUUUCUUCUGUAAAAGAAAAAGCAUCCCCCAAAGCAACAGAAAAUGUAUUUAAGCAGCAAGAGAUUCCUUCUGUGUUUCCUGAGAUAUCUGUUUCUCCCUUAAGCAUGGCACAAGGAGCUCCACUCAACUCAAGCUCACAACCUGUGGUCCAAGUUACAAGAGGUGUGAAGAGAAAAGCAGAUACAACAACUCCUACAACUUCUGUAGUUAAAGCAAGUAAUGAAUCUUCUCCAACACUUACUGAAAAAAAAUCAAUGCGAAUGCCACCAAUAAACGAAAAUGUGCUGAAGAAUGAUUUGCCAGAUUCUCAACAACAAUAUAAGGCUGUAAGAAGUGUUACAGUAACUGAACAAUUAAAGCACUGUAGUGAAAUUCUUAAAGAAUUGCUUGCAAAGAAACAUUUAUCAUAUGCGUGGCCCUUUUAUAAUCCUGUUGAUGCUAAUGCUUUGGGACUUCAUAACUACUAUGACAUUGUCAAAAAUCCAAUGGAUCUUGGAACUAUUAAGAGGAAAAUGGACAAUCAAGAAUAUAAGGAUGCAUAUGAAUUUGCUGCAGAUGUUAGAUUAAUGUUCAUGAAUUGCUACAAAUACAAUCCUCCAGAUCAUGAAGUAGUAGCAAUGGCUAGAAUGCUUCAGGAUGUUUUUGAAAUGCAUUUUGCCAAAAUCCCCGAUGAGCCUGUUGAGAGUAUGCCUGUUUGUUAUCUCACAAAUGAUACUACAAAAUCCCUUGGUAGAGAAAGCACUAGUGAAGCGUCCUCUGAAGAUAAGUCUUCUGAUGAUUCUGAAGAUGAGAGAGUUCAGCGUCUUGCAAAGCUUCAGGAGCAGCUUAAAGCUGUUCAUGAACAGCUACAGGUUCUGUCUCAAGUACCUUUCCGUAAACUAAAGAAAAAGAAUGAGAAAUCUAAAAGGGGGAAAAAAAGAGAAAAGGUUAAUACCAGAGAUGAAAAUCCAAGGAAAAACUUUAAGCAAGUGAAACCAAAGGAUAAGUCCAAGAGCAACCAACCAAAGAAGAGGAAACAACAGGUCUUUGUUCUGAAGUCUGAAGAUGAAGAUAAUGCUAAGCCUAUGAACUAUGAUGAGAAAAGACAGCUAAGUUUGGAUAUAAACAAACUCCCUGGAGAUAAACUUGGGAGAGUAGUUCAUAUAAUACAAUCAAGAGAACCCUCACUAAGAAAUUCCAAUCCUGAUGAGAUAGAGAUUGACUUUGAAACACUGAAAGCAUCAACACUAAGAGAAUUGGAAAAAUAUGUUGUGGCAUGUUUAAGAAAAAGACCACUAAAACCUCAUGCUAAGAAAAUAAUGAAGUCCAAAGAAGAACUUCAUUCACAGAAAAAACAAGAGUUGGAAAAGCGGUUACUGGAUGUCAACAAUCAGUUAAAUUCUAGAAAACGGCAAACAAAACUUGAGAAAACACAACCAUUGAAAGCAGUUGGAGGUGGGUCCCGCCUGAGUGAGAGCAGCAGCAGCAGCAGCAGCAGCAGCAGCAGCAGCUCAUCAGAGUCUGAAAGCAGCAGCAGUGAUUCAAGCUCUUCAGACAGCAGUGAUUCUAAACCAGAAAUAUUUCCUAAGUUUACUGGAGUAAAACAGAAUGAUUCACCUCCUAAAGAGAAUGUAAAGAUGCAAUCUUCUGUGCAAGAUACAAGCUCUGCUAAAACUACUCUUCUUCAUCGGAUCACAAAUAUGUGUGCCAUACCACCAAAUCACCACCAGUCAGCAUUUGGUUAUCAAGAAUUAGAACAUUUACAGAGUGUGAAAAACAUUUCACCUUUACAAAUUUGGCCUCCUUCAGGUGAUUCCAAGCAACUCUUGAAUGGCCCAACUAUGAUACAUCCAUCUGGUCAUAAUGAUACAAUGGUGUUAGAAUCUGAAUGUCAAGUUCCUGUGCAAAAGGAUAUAAAGAUUAAGAAUGCUGAUUCUUGGAAAAGUUUAGGCAAACCGGUGAAAACACCAGGUGUACUGAAAUCCUCAGAUGAGCUCUUCAAUCAAUUUAGAAAAGCAGCAAUAGAAAAAGAAGUAAAAGCUCGAACACAAGAACUAAUACGGAAACACCUGGAACAAAAUACAAAGGAACCAAAAGUAUCUCAAGAAAAUCAGAGGGACCUCGGAAAUGGAUUGACUCUAGAAUCUUUUUCAAAUAAAAUGCAAAACAAAUGCAAUGGAGAAGAGCAGAAAGAACAUCAGCAGUCAUUGGAUGCUCAAGAUAAAUGCAAGCUGUGGCUUCUCAAAGACCGUAAUUUAGCAAGGGAGAAAGAGCAAGAACGAAGGAGGAGAGAAGCAAUGGCGGGUACCAUUGAUAUGACUCUUCAAAGCGACAUUAUGACAAUGUUUGAAAACAACUUUGAUUAA